ACAAUGCAUCGUUUAUGUGGCGCCAAAUGCUCUAAACUUAUUUUCUAUAACGAUAACGUCAAGAACCCUACACUCACGACAAGAAUGCACUGCUGGAGAGAAGUGUGAAUCAAUGGCGUUCCAUUGCAACUUCAACAACACUGAUCUCUCAUCGUUUACCCUAUCCAAAUGCCUCAAAUUCAAUUGCAGAACCUCUUCCCUCUUUCCAAGAACUCUAUCCAUCCAAAGAGUGUCGCCGUUUGUUGUCCGUUCAAUCGCUACUUCCAGUGAUUCGAAUGGAGAUGGCGGAACGUCGGCGGAGAGUGAGGGUAAAAAGAAGAAAUUGUCGGAGCAGUCGUCGUGGGAAGCGAAGGAUUCGGAGGGCAAUGAUUACUUGUACAGGCUGGGUAAAGAGUCUGAGAAUAUGAAUAUAGCCAUCGGUGCUAGGGCGGGUGUUAUUGACGAUCUCUUCACUGGAGAUUUCCUCGGCAAGGACUCUGAUAUUGUGUUUGAUUAUCGUCAAAAAGUAACCAGGUCGUUUGAGUAUCUGCAGGGUGAUUAUUACAUCGCGCCGCUUUUCAUGGACAAAAUUGCUGUCCACAUUGUGAAGAACUAUAUUGCACAUCUUCUCGAUAUCAAAGUUCCAUUGAUUCUAGGCAUUUGGGGAGGAAAAGGGCAAGGAAAAACAUUUCAAACUGAACUUAUUUUCCAGGCCAUGGGAAUUUUACCUGUGAUCAUGUCUGCUGGAGAGUUGGAAUCAGAGAGAGCUGGAGAGCCAGGAAGACUGAUACGUGAUCGCUAUCGUACUGCAUCUCAAGUGGUUCAAAAUCAGGGGAAAAUGAGCUGUUUAAUGGUCAAUGAUAUUGAUGCGGGUCUUGGUAGAUUUGGAAACACUCAAAUGACAGUGAACAACCAAAUAGUUGUUGGCACACUGAUGAAUCUAUCAGAUAAUCCAACAAGAGUUAGCAUUGGACAAGAUUGGAGGGAAUCAGAUAUCACAAACAGAAUUCCUAUAAUUGUUACAGGAAAUGAUUUUUCAACAUUAUAUGCUCCUUUGGUUCGUGAUGGGAGAAUGGACAAGUUCUACUGGCAGCCUAACAUCGACGAUAUCAUAAAUAUUGUUAACAGAAUGUAUGAGAAAGAUGGAUUGUCAAAGAACGAUGUUAUAAGCAUAGUGAAAACCUUUCCUAAUCAAGCCUUGGACUUCUAUGGAGCACUUAGGUCGCGAACUUAUGACAACUCGAUCUUGAAGUGGGUUAACGAAAUUGGUGGCCCUGAGAGUGUCGGAAGUAUACUCCUCAAACGAAAAAAGAAGGAAAAUCUCCCCGUGUUUGUGCCUCCAAAGCAAACGGUGGAAGGUCUACUUGAGUCGGGGUAUUCGCUGAUUAAAGAACAACAGCUGAUAAUGGAAAGUAAACUCUCAAAGGAGUACAUGAAGAAUAUGGAAGACUAACAAUAACUAUAAGAAGCCAUUUGAUUGGCAUUUGACAUCCCUGGUUCUUCAUUCUUAAACCAUACGGAAAGCUCGUUGCUUUUGUAUUUUUGAUCAACGUAUACUCUGAGUGUAUAAUAAUAUAUAUAUUUUUUAAUUUGAAAAAUAUAAACCUAAUGACA